AUGGAAAAAUUUAUGCAUGCACUUCAAUUCGCUGCUUAUAAACAUCGAUUUCAAAAACGAAAAGAUCUAGAUGGAACACCUUAUAUAAAUCAUCCAAUAGGUGUCGCAUAUAUUUUAAGUAAUGAAGCUGGUAUUAAAGAUUUUGAUUUACUUGCUGCUGCGCUUUUGCAUGAUACUAUUGAAGACACGGAAACAACGUUAGGUGAACUUGAACAAGAAUUUGGACCUCGUAUUGCUGGUAUCGUAGCUGAAUUAACAGAUGACAAAAAUUUACCAAAAGCUGAACGUAAACGUUUACAAAUUGUUAAUGCUGGUCAAUUAACUUCGGAUGCUAUUGUUGUUCGUCUUGCUGAUAAAAUAUAUAAUUUACGUGAUUUAAAUCGUAGUACACCUGUUGGUUGGUCCGAAGAACGUGUUGAAGAAUAUUUUCAAUGGUCAUCAAAAGUAGCACGUCAAUUAUUUGGACAUAAUGUUCAAUUGGAUACGAUUUUAAAGGAUUUGUUUCUUCAACGAAAUAUUCGAUUUGACUAA